AAGAGAGAUAUUAGAAGAGAGAGAGAGAGAGAAAUGGGGAGAGGGAAAGUUGAGGUGAAGAGAAUAGAGAAUCCAACAAGCAGACAAGUGACUUUCUCAAAGAGAAGAAAUGGUCUUUUGAAGAAAGCUUUUGAGCUUUCUUUGCUUUGUGAUGCUGAACUUGCUCUUAUUAUUUUCUCUUCUUCUGGCAAGCUCUACCAAUAUGCAAGCCAUGACAUGGACAGAAGCAUUGUUAGAUACAGAAGUGAAAUGGGAUUGCUUGGAUCCACUCAUAACCAACGUUCUACAACCAUUGAGUUUUGGAGAACUGAAAUUGAAGAAAUGAAAAGAUCAACAGAAACUUUGGAAGGAAAUUUAAGGAACUUAGCUGGUGAAGAUCUAUCAAAUUUGGGUAUGAAAGAGUUAAGACAACUGGAACGACAGCUUAAGAUUGGGGUUGAACGAGUUCGCUGCAAGAAGAGAAGGAUCGUAUCUGAACACAUCAACUUCCUCAAAAGACGGCGUCGAGCAUUGGUAGAGGAGAACACUCGACUCCAGAAAAAAGUCAAGUUGCUAGAUCAACAGCAAGAAGCAUGAUGCCAAUAUAUAUAUAAUCCAUCUUGGCAAUUCACAGGGUACCAGGGAUUCACAAGCGAUAUCUCACCAGUAUCUUCUCACUGUGUUAAGAUUAUUAUGUAUUAUAGAUUAUCUAUAUCUAUCUAUGUUUAUGUAUUAUGUAUAUAUGUUUAGAUAUGAAUUAUAAUAUUGUGCGAGUGCGACUGUAUAUUAUAUAUGUAUUGAUUAGUAAACUAUAAGUGCAUUAAUUAAUUAUUAGCAAGCUAUCUGUAUUAUUGUGAGUAGCUUAAUUUAUAUUAUCGAUCUGAGCUUUUCAAGAUGAA